AUGAAUGUCUUUGGGUUAUGUGUGACUGUUAUAGUUUUCGGGAUUUCAGUAGAAGCUCAGCUCAAUUCCACCUGCAAUUCGAAUGAUUCCAUGGUAUUGAAGCGUUUCAUGAACGGAAUGGAAACCGCCAUUGACGGAUGGACCUCGAAUUCUUCCAAUUGCUGUGAUUGGGAUGGUAUUACUUGCGAUUCCUCCGGUAAGGUUGUCAAAUUGGAACUGUCAAGAAAAAGAUUAGUCGGUACUUUGGCUGAUUCAUUGGCUAGUUUAAACCAACUUAGAACCCUAAAUCUCUCUCGUAAUCUACUCAAAGGCAAUCUUCCCACUUCACUCUUUCACUUGCCUCAUUUGGAAAUUCUCGAUCUGAGUGCCAAUGAGUUUUCUGGAUCGUUCCCAUCAAGCGUAAACUUACCUUCGAUCCAAUUGUUAGACCUUUCCGAUAAUAACCUCGAAGGUCCAAUCGCACCAGGCUUGUGCAUCAACUCCACUGGAGUUAAGGAGCUUAAAUUAGGGGUGAAUUACUUUAAUGGCGAGAUCCCACCAGAAUUUGAGAAUUGUAGCUUCUUAGAACAUCUUUGCCUAGAUGCAAAUCUCGUUUCUGGGAUCAUACCAGAAUAUCUGUUCAAGUUACCAAGAUUGCUUCGAUUAUCUCUCCAAGAUAACAAUAUAAUCGGUCAGCUACACAAUACUAAUCCUUCAAAUCUUGUUUACUUCGAUGUUUCCUUGAAUCUAAUUUCAGGAAAUCUACCUGAUUUCUUUCAUACAUUUCCAAAUUUAAGCUAUUUCGCUGCUCAUUCGAACAAUCUUUUUGGUAGGAUACCCCCGUCAUUGUUGAAUUCCGGAAGCAUUACUUCGCUUAUCUUAAGAAACAAUUCGCUCAUUGGUUCAAUCGAUAUAAACUGCUCAGCAAUGAUAAGCCUUACGUUUCUUGAUUUAGCCGAUAACAAAUUUCUGGGCACCAUUCCUGAUAAUCUUCCCGCCUGCCCAAAAUUAAAAAUGAUCGAUCUUGGUGGGAACAAUCUCACUGGACAAAUCCCAGAAAGCUUCAAAAGAUUCGAAUCUUUAUCUUAUCUUUCACUCUCAAUGUGCAACUUGAACAACAUCUCUGGUUCCCUAAAUGUUCUUCAACAUUGCCCGAAUCUAACCACCUUAGUCCUUGGUGGAAGCUUUGACAAUGAAGAAAUCCCAUCUGAUUCCAAUCUACAAUUCAAAUCGCUCAAAACCCUCGUGAUUCCAAACUGCAAACUCACCGGUAAAAUCCCCAAUUGGUUAAACGGAUUAACAAAACUCAGGAUCUUGGAUUUGUCAUGGAACCAAUUAAACGGACCAAUUCCACCCUUUUUAGGAAACUUAUCAUCUAUCGUUUACCUUGAUUUAUCAAACAACUUUUUAGAUGGAAUGAUUCCAAAAACCCUAACUCAAUUACCGGGUCUCCGAUCCCGUAACAUUUCGUUAGAAGUUUCCCUCGACUUUCCUAUAUUUAUGAGGCGUGCCAUGAACGGGAAAGUUUUAUAUUACAGCUACGGAAUUCGAUUCCCGCCAACUUUAGAUCUGAGCAACAACUUUCUGACCGGAGAAAUCUCACCGGAGUUUGGGAAUCUGAAAAACUUACAUAUUUUGAAUCUAAAAUAUAACGAGUUAUCGGGUAGUAUUCCAGAAAAUUUAGCGAAUUUGAGCAGCAUUGAGAGUAUUGAUUUGUCUCAUAAUGAUUUGUGUGGGGAGAUACCUGUAUCUUUGGUGAGAUUGGGGAUGUUGUCCAAGUUUAGUGUCGCGUAUAAUAAUCUUACAGGGAUUAUUCCUUCUGGAGGACAAUUUUCGACCUUUUCAAGCUCUAACUUUGAAGGGAACCCGGGUUUAUGUGGUGAAUUUGUUUUAAACUGUCGCGAAGUUGAAGAUCUGUUGGAAAAACAAGAAUCUGAGGAGGAGGAGGAAGUGACUAUGAUUGGUUUGCCUGUAUGGACUGGUUUUGGAACUGGUUUUGUUUUGAGUGUUGUCUUAUUGGUUGUUGUUCCAAGAAUUAGGGAUACUAAAAGAACCGAUAAAUUUGAGUAA